AUGUCCAUCUUUUCAACCGAGACAAUACAAUUCAUUACCGAUUCAGCAGGAGUGAAUGUUCGACCCGAGAUAGCAACUCGAUUGCUUGCUGAUGCUGAAUAUAGGCUACGUGAAAUCAUAUGUGAAGCUGCAAAAUUCAUGAAUCAUGGCAAGCGACGAAAGCUCACUACCGAGGAUAUCAAUCAGGCAUUACGAGUUAGAAAUGUAGAGGCCCUAUAUGGAUUUGGGCCAGGAACCAAUUCAAAGUUCAGAUCCACAUCCACUGCUCAAAAGUUGUUCUAUGCUGCCGACCAUGAAGUUGAUUUGGAGGAGGUUAUUGCUGCUCCCUUGCCUCCUGUUCCUUUACACGUCGCAUACACUGGUCAUUGGUUGGCGAUAAAUGGAGUUCAACCAAGUAUUGUGCAGAAUCCUACUCCUGCUGAAUUGAAAGCAGCAAGUCUGAAAACAACAGGAGUGAUCACUAAACCAGAACCAAAUGGCACAACCACAGUCGAAAACGCACCCACAAUCAAACAAUCGUUAUCACGAGAAUUACAAGUCUAUUUCGAAAAGGUUACAGAAUUCUUAUUGGGUGAUGAUCAAAAACUACGACAAGUGGCCACGACGGGUAUAGCUGAAGAUCCAGGGUUGCAGGCUCUAAUACCUUAUUUUGUCGAGUUUAUUGAAGAGACGGUGACCAAGAACCUUCGAAAGCUGGAUGUGUUGUGGUCCAUGAUGAGGUUGAUGCGUGCACUCUUUACAAACCCUAACUUAUUCGUUGAACCAUAUCUCCACAAGAUGAUCCCCAUAGUCAUGACAUGUCUAGUCGGCAAACGACUCUCUGAACACCCAACCGAGAAUCACUGGGCAUUACGUGACUACUCUGCCGCCCUCCUAUCACACAUAUGCAUUACAUACUCUACAACAUAUGCUACCAUCCAACCACGAAUCACAAAGACGCUAUUGCGAACAUAUCUUGAAGCGCUAAAACCACGACAAUCUCAUUAUGGAGCCAUAGUUGGACUGGGUAAAUUAGGACAAGAGACUGUCAAGGUCGUUAUAAUCCCACAUGUCAAUGUAUUUGGUGAUUUGGUAUUGCAACCUGAUUUGAAUGAGGCUGCUGGGAUUAAGAAGGAUGAAGCUCAAAAGUGUUUUGAUGCGUUGAAGACAUUGCUGACUGAACAUGCUCGUCAAGCACUCCGAGAUGAAAAGUUGACGAAUCCAAGAGCGUCACCUUCUGCACCUGCAUAUGCAGCACUUUAUGGUAUUUGGGCUCAAGACGUAUAUGCUGCGGUUCAAAACCAGUAG